AUGAAGCUGGAGGUGUUCUCGCAGCACUACGAGGACAAGCUGAGCGCCGGCAGCGACCAGGAAGGCAGCGGCUCCCUCUCCCCUGUGCCGGCCGAGAGCGAGCUGGGGUCGGACGGCGACUGUGCCGCCAAUAGUCCAGGCGGCGGGGCCGGGCGGCCGGGACACCCCCCACCGCCGCCGCCGCCCCCCGCCCCGCAGCCGCCGCCGGCCGAGAGCUCCAAGGGGAAGCCCUACACGCGGCGGCCAAAGCCGCCCUACUCCUACAUCGCGCUGAUCGCCAUGGCCAUCCGCGACUCGGCCGGCGGCCGCCUGACCCUGGCCGAGAUCAACGACUACCUGAUGAGCCGCUUCCCCUUCUUCCGUGGCGCCUACACCGGCUGGCGCAACUCGGUGCGCCACAACCUCUCCCUCAACGACUGCUUCGUCAAGGUGCUGCGCGACCCAGCGCGGCCCUGGGGCAAGGACAACUACUGGAUGCUCAACCCUAGCAGCGAAUACACCUUCGCCGACGGUGUCUUCCGCCGCCGCCGCAAGCGCCUCAGCCGCGCCGCCCCGCCGCCGCAGCCCGCACGGCCCGCCGCCGCUCCACCGCCGCCGCCGCAGGAGGCGGCCGGGGCGGGUGCCGCGUCCCCCGGCGGCUCCCCGCGGUGCUGCUGCUCCUCCUCGCCCUGCCACUGCGCCCUGCCGAGCGCCGCCGCCAAGGAAGCAGCGACGGCGGGGGGCGGCGGGGCGGCGGCGGGUGGCGGUGCCGCCAAGUUCUCCAGCUCCUUCGCCAUCGAGAGCCUCCUCCGGCGGCCGGCGGGGCCCCGCGCCGCCCCGCAGCCGCCGCCGCACGCCCGCCUGCUCUGGCCGCCGCCACCCGCGCCCCCGCACCUGCUGCCCGGCCCCUACCCGCUGCUCCCAUUCCCACCUGCCGCCCCGCAGCCCCCGCCCGCCGCCGCUGCCACCAUCUACGGCGGCGGCCUCCUGCAGCUCUGCGCCUACGGGCUGGGCGAGCCGCCGCCGCUGCUGCUGGGGGGCGGGCGGCAAGCGCUGGCCCAGGGCGAGCCGCCGCCGGGUGAACGGCCGCGGGCGCCACUCUUCUCCGUCGCGCUCCCCAAGGGCGGGCGAGGGCCGCCGCCCGGACCCCCAUUCUACGGGCCCCUUCGCCUGGCCGCGCCGCUGCAGCCCGCGGCGGGAAGCUCGGCCCCGUUCCAGCCGUACGCCGUGGAGACCCCCCUGGCUUAA